UCCAUCAUCCAAGGCCAGCUCUCUCUCUCUCUCUCUACAAGUCUACAACCCUCUCCAAAUGGCCCAAACACUCAAUUCUCUCACCUUGUUCUUAGUUCUUCUCCUAACGAACACUUCAUUUUUCAUUACCAAAGCUCGUCCUCUCAGUGCUGCUAAUUGUAAGCCUCCUAUCCCUAUAGGCGAAGCGAUUGAGAAUGUCUUUGAAGGGUUCUACAUUGAAGCAAUAAAAACCGGGGGCCCAAGUGCAGGAGGGGAAGGACACAAACUCGUCAAUAGUGAAGCUCUCGGUGGAAUUAAAAACUCUGGCCCAAGCUCCGGAGGAGAGGGACAUGGAUACACCAACACCGAAGCAUUAGGGGGAAUCAAACACUCCGGUCCAAGUGACGGAGGGGAGGGACACAAAUUCACCAACACGGAAACUCUCGGGGGAAUAAAAUCCUUUGCAGGUCCGAGACAUGGAGGGGAGGGACAUGAAUCCACCAACACUGAAACUCUCGGGGGGAUCAAACUCUCUGCAGGUCCAAGCGAUGGAGGAGAGGGACAUGUAUUCGACAACAAUGAAAUACUAGGGGGCAUCAAAGACUCUGCAGGUCCAAGCGAUGGAGGACAGGGACAUGAAUUCGCCAACAGUGAAACACUAGGGGGGAUCAAACUUUCUGCAGGUCCAAGUGAUGGAGGAGAGGGACAUGGAUUCGACAACAAUGAAAUACUUGGGGGCAUCAAACACUCUGGAGGUCCAAGCGAUGGAGGAAAGGGACAUGAAUUCGCCAACAGUGAAACACUACGGGGGAUCAAACUCUCUGCAGGUCCAAGUGAUGGAGGAGAGGGACAUGGAUUCGACAACAAGGGCAUCAAACACUCUGGAGGUCCAAGCGAUGGAGGAAAGGGACAUGAAUUCACCGACAGUGAAACACUAGGGGGGAUCAAACACCCUGCAGGUCCAAGCGAUGGAGGACCGGGGCAUUAGUCCAUCAAUUAUUGAAUUGGGGAGAUUGAAGAUCUGGUCCAAGCCGCAACUAACUUGCUCAAUGGCAUUUUGGAUGAACAAGAAGCUCUCUCUAUUUCUUUUCACUAGAAACUUGAUUCUUUCAUUUCUUUAUUAUUCCGGGGCUAAAUUCAGCUCAUCGAGAAAACUACUUAUUCUUUUGUGUGUUGUAGUUUGAUACAAAUUUUCA